AUGAAGGUAGAGGAGUUGAUUAUCGACGGGUUCAAGUCGUACGCCACUCGUACUGUUAUUUCAGGAUGGGAUCCCCAAUUUAAUGCGAUUACGGGGUUGAAUGGGUCAGGAAAAUCCAAUAUUUUAGACGCCAUCUGUUUUGUAUUGGGAAUAGCAUCGAUGUCCACCGUUAGGGCGUCUAACUUGCAAGACUUGAUAUACAAAAGAGGACAGGCAGGUGUAACAAAAGCAAGUGUCACGAUUGUUUUUGAUAAUAGUGAAAUCUCGAAGUCUCCUAUUGGGUUUGAGAAUUGUCCCAAAAUCAGUGUUACCAGACAGAUCAUCCUUGGGGGCAGCUCGAAGUACUUGGUUAACGGACACAAGGCACAGCAGCAAACAGUGUUGAAUUUAUUUCAAUCUGUGCAGCUUAAUAUCAACAAUCCGAACUUUUUGAUUAUGCAGGGGAAGAUCACAAAGGUUUUGAACAUGAAGCCGACAGAGAUUUUGUCGUUGAUUGAAGAAGCGGCGGGAACGAGGACGUUCGAAGAAAGGAAAGACAAAGCACAGAAGACCAUGGCCAAGAAGGAGUCCAAGUUGAUUGAAAUACGAAGUCUUUUGCAAGAAGAGAUCGAGCCUAAGCUUGAGAAGUUGAGAAACGAGAAGAGAACAUUUUUGGAAUUUCAGCAGAUCCAGACUGAUUUGGAGAAAAUGUCCCGGAUUAUUGCAGCUCAUGACUAUGCGCUUUAUUCCAAGAAGUUUGACGAGCAUUCAACCAUGUUGAACGAGCGAGAAACCAUCAUGGCCAACUUGAACAGGGACGUUGAAAAGUUAGAAACAGAAAUAAAGAACUUAACAGACGAUUUAAACCAGGUAAAGAAACAAAGAGAAUUGGAGUUGAAAAAGGACGGUAAAAUCAGAGAAUUAGAAGCCUUGGAAAAUCAAUAUUCGGAUGAAAUCACUCGUUUGAAUACAUCGAAAGAUAUUAUAGUUGAAAACAUAAAGAGUGAAUCAAAAAAGUUAACCAAACUAGAGCAACAGGUUGCCCAGAUACAACAGGCGAUUGAAAACAAUGCAGAUAUUUACAGUAACCACGAAAAGCAAUAUAAAAAUGCCAAAGAGGCGUUAGCAGAAUUGAAGAAUGAAUUUAACAGAAAGGAAGAAUUAUUGUCAACUCUUUCUACAGGUGUCUCGUCUAAAGGUAACACGGAUGGUGGAUAUUUAGCGCAACUUAAAGAGGUCAAGGUGAAAUUGAAUGACUCGAACGUUUUUAUCCAGCAAUCGAAAUUGAAAAUUACUCACCUUACUCAACAGAUUAAUAAUGAUAAAUCCAAGUUAGCUUCGGCAAAGCAAAACAAUGAGUCGGUAUUGAAAGAUAUCGAAUCUUACAAGAAACAAAUCAGUCACAAAGAGUCUAAGCUUACUGAAUUUGGCUAUGAUUCAAAAAGAGUAUCAGAGCUUAGGCAGCAAGAAUCCAGUCUCAGCGACAAGGUAAACCAAUUAAGUAACGAUCUUAAUUAUAUGAGAAGGGAAGUCGGAAAUGUAGAGUUCAAUUACACGAAGCCAAAUCCAAAUUUUGAUAGUAACGUUGUUAAGGGUAUUGCAGCUCAAUUGUUUACGUUAGACGAAUCAAACGCGGAUAAAGCAAUGGCUUUGCAAGUUUGUGCUGGUGGUAGAUUGUACAACGUGAUUGUUGAUACUUCUGAUGCCGCGUCUCAAUUGUUAGAAAAGGGUGAACUAAAGAAAAGAGUUACAAUUAUUCCAUUGGAUAAAAUUUCAUCGCGAGUUAUCGAUGAUAGAUCGGUAAAGGCGGCUAAAACACUAUGCCCUAAUAAGGUUGAGCUAGCCUUGAAUUUGGUUGAUUUUGAGAACGAAUUGUUGAAAGCCAUGCAAUAUAUUUUUGGCAAUACAUUUAUUUGUAAUGAUCCUCAAACAGCAAAAAUGGUUACUUUUGACCCGCAAAUUAGAGCAAGGUCUAUAACGCUUGAGGGAGAUAUAUAUGAUCCUGAAGGUAAUUUGUCUGGUGGGUCAAGAAAAAAUAAUUCGUCAAUAUUAAUUGCAAUGCAGAAGUACAACAAGUUACAAAAUCAAAUCAAGAAAUACCAAAACGAGUUAUUCACGGUCCAGCAAGAUUUACAAAAGUUUGAAAAAUUGUCUCAUAAAACUCAAUCGUUACAGAAUGAGAUUAAUUUAAGCAAACAUGAAUUAACAUUAUUGGUAAGGAAAUAUGAAAAUAAUCCUUCUUCGUUAAUUUUGCGUGAGAACGAAAACAAUGAACAAGAAAUCAAAGCCUUGACUGAACAGAUUGAACAAGAAGAAUCGAAAUCCAAGUCAUAUUCGGAUGAAAUAAAUUCAAUUGAAAAGGAUAUGAAGGAGUUCAGUAGUGAUAAAGGAUCCAAGCUAAAAAAAUUAGAAAAGGAAGUGUCAAAUUUAAGAGAUCAAGUUCUUAAUAAAGAAGAGGAUAUUAGAGAAAAAUCGGACGAAUUUCAGUCGAUACAAAUUGAAUCUGAACAACAGCAGGGUGAAUUAGCAAAUUUUAAGGAAUCAUACGAAUAUUGUAAGAAUCUUAUUAAUGAAUCCAAUGAAGAAUUGAAAAAUACUCAAGAAAGUAUCACUGAAAAGAAUGAAAGCCUUGAGUAUGUGAAAAUCCAAUUAGAAGAAGAAAAAGCCAACUUAUUAGGACUUAAUGAAGAAAUGAACGAAUUGACUUCAAUUCUUCAUUCAAAAAACGAAUCCUUAAAUAAUUCUAAGCUAUCUAUCCAGAAGCUAAAUCAUGAGCUCGAAAAGUCGUCCUCCAUUACUAAUAAUUUAAAAAAACAUUUGGACACUUUAGUUCAGGAGCAUGAUUGGGUAAUGGACUCAAAUAUUUUAGACAGCAUAAUCCAGAAGUACCAUAAUAUCAAUUUAGAUGAAUGUCACGAGCAGGCAGAAGUGUUGAAAGAGAAAUUCCAGGGAAUGAAACGUAAAGUUAAUACAAAUAUUAUGAAUAUGAUAGACAACGUCGAGAAGAAAGAAUCGUCCUUAAAGCAAAUGAUAAGGACUAUUGAAAAGGAUAAGUCUAAGAUCGAGAACACGAUUGACAAAUUGAAUGGUUACAAGAGGGAUACUUUGAAUACAACUUACCAGAAAGUUUCUGUUGACUUCGGGAAUAUUUUUGCAGACCUAUUACCAGGAUCUUUCGCUAAAUUGGUACCUGUCGAUGCCGAUGAUGUGACCAGGGGUCUUGGUGUUAAAGUAAAAUUGGGACCUGUUUGGAAGGAAAGUUUGGUUGAAUUGUCUGGUGGUCAAAGAUCCUUGAUUGCGUUAUCGUUGAUCAUGGCAUUAUUACAAUUCAAGCCGGCUCCGAUGUAUAUUUUAGAUGAAGUUGAUGCAGCUUUGGAUCUUUCACACACGCAAAAUAUCGGUCACCUAAUCAAGACUAGAUUUAAGGGUUCUCAAUUUAUUAUUGUUUCUUUGAAAGAAGGCAUGUUUACAAACGCAAAUAGAGUUUUCAGAACAAGGUUCCAAGACGGAACUUCGAUUGUAUCGGUUAUGUAA